AUGAAGAUGGAUCGAAAGAAGGUGCAAGCCAUUUUGGAUUGGGCAGCACCUACCAAAGUUAUCGAGUUGAGGAGUUUUCUUGGUUUAGCCAACUACUAUCGCAAAUUUAUGGCUGGCUAUUCCAAGAAGGCUGCCCCAUUAAUAGAUCUAUUAAAGAAGAAUCAGUCGUGGGUCUGGACUGAAAGGUGUCAAGAGGCCUUCGAGGGAUUGAAGGUGGCUGUUUCUACGAAAUCGAUGCUCAAAUUGUCUGAUUAUAUGAAACCUUUUGAAGUACAUACUAAUGCCUCCGAUAAAGCUGCUGGGGGUGUGAUAGUUGCUGAUGCUUUGAGUCUGAAAAGCAUCGUGGAAGUGGCUGCUGCCAUUUCCUCUGUUGAAGCAGACUUCACCGACAAAAUUUGGGUGGCGGCUCAGUUGGAUAAAGGCUACCAAAAGUUACUUCAAUAA